AUGCUGUCUAUCCGCUUGCAUCGCAUCCAGCGAUGGCUGAUGGUUGCGAUUCAGUCAUUGCACGUUGCGGCCGCGAACCGAGUACAGUCAUUACGGGCGGACACGGCGAAUGCGACAGAGUCUCUUCGAGGAGGAACCUAUCAUCUGCCAUGGGCCAAAUACCGCUACCAGAUCCUGGACGAUGCGCGAGAGAAAUCGACAAUAUACUAUGCACAGGCCCGAAGAAGACCAUGGGUGACCGCAGCAUUCGCGACUUUUAUCCUCCUCAUCCUGCUCGUGCUAGCAUCCGGCCCCUCAACGCCUGCGACCUUAUACAAGCCCUUUCUCGCCUUCGAUGACGGGUCCUGCGAUCACCCUGUUUUUCGCAUUGCGAUGGAGGCCCAGAAGUCGUUUAAUGCGACGUUGGAGAAACAGUCCCAGUCGCUCGACGAAGCCAUUGCCGAAUACCAACGCCGAUAUAGAAUGCCGCCGCCGCCGCACUUCGACAAGUGGUAUGAAUUUGCCAGGGAACGGAAAGUGGUCCUGAUCGACGAAUACGAUGGCAUAUACCAUGCGCUGCUCCCUUUCUGGGGUGUGAGCCCUAGUGUGAUUCGCGCACGCACGAGACAGGACUUGGGAUUUGCGAACGUGAUGAUGGGCGUCUCGGUACGAAACGGCCGGGCCAUUCAUUUGUUUGAUGGACAGGGGGAGUAUCAACAGAGCGCGACAAUGGCGAUUCUGGAAAAGUUCUCCCAGUGGCUGCCGGACAUGGAUCUCGCGUUCAACGUUCAUGACGAGCCGCGCGUGGUGGUCCCCCACGAGGAGCUGCAGAGGAUGGUAUCUAGUGGUCGCGAGGCCCAUGGCCGUCUAGCCCGCAACGUGUCUUUGAUCAACGAAUUUUCGCGCUCCAAGGAUGUCGUCGAUCCUAUCCCUGAAGUCACGACGUCUCGGUACAACAACAUCGAACGCCAGGAAACCUGGCUUGCAUCUCGGCUGUCAUGCCCGCCAGAUUCGCCCGCUCGCAGUCUGGAUGGCGAUGCUCCCGACGACACUGCUUCCUAUGCGGUCGAGCCACUGGGGUUUGUGUGGAACCAGACGGCGUUCAGUGACAUUUGUAAGAACCCGUCGCUGCGCCAUCGUCUUGGGGUCUUUGAGCGACCCAAUGCCUUCAAGAUCACGAGUGAACUCUCCGCCGUUUUUUCUAUGUCCCGGCCGUCUUCCUUUCAGGACAUCGUCGUCCCUUCGCCGUGGUAUCACCAAGAUGUCACCGCGUUCGAUGAAGGACACUCAGUCGCGUGGGAAGACAAGAUCCACGAUCUGUAUUGGCGAGGAGGCGACAGCGGAGGCCAUAGCCGAGGCGGAUCGUGGCGGAACCUGAUCCGGCAGCGGGUGAUUGGGAACCUGACGCAUCCAACCUCUCCCCGAUACAUCCUGCGACCGAAGAACGAAACAUCGCUGGCGUCCUGUACCUUUGGAGGCAAAGGUAACGGCUGGGAAGCGCACAAAGUCCGCGCAACGAAUUCAUCCCGGUUGUUCAAUACCAAAUUCACCCGUUUCGAGAACUGCGACGACGACUGUUUCGAGGCGACCGAGUUUCUGGGCGAGGCCGAAAGGGACAGCCAGGACGAGGCAUGGAAACACCGCUACCUGCUGGACAUGGACGGCCAUGCGUACAGCGGCAGAUUCUAUGCGUUCAUGCGCAGCAAAUCCCUGCCCAUGAAACUGUCCUUGUUCCGAGAGUGGCACGAGUCUGUCUUGAUUCCUUGGGUUCAUUAUGUUCCUCUCAGCAAGGAUACCAACGAGUAUACAGAGCUCCUCCGGUAUUUUGAAGAGGAUGUCUCUGGACGGAACAUGUCAAAGAGCAUCGCCCAAGAAGGACGAGACUGGGCGUAUAAGGCUGUCAGGAACGAGGAUAUGGAGGUUUAUAUGUUCCGACUGUUCUUGGAGUUCGCUCGUGUGCAGGACGACAACCGAGAGUCGCUUGGAUACCACAUUGACCCAUCUCAACCUUCACCUGAUAUCUGGGAACCAUAG